AUCUCCUUCACACACCACACAGGACUUUCCCAGUCAGGAGAGCAGCCGCAGCAGCGCGGGAGCCCCCAUGGAGAAAAAUAAGAAGGAAAGAAAAUAUGGGCCAAGUUGCUUUGGUUAUCCACUCAGCAUCUUCUUCAUUGUCAUCAAUGAGUUCUGUGAAAGAUUCUCCUACUAUGGAAUGCGAGCUGUGCUUGUUCUGUACUUCAAAUUUUUUCUCCACUGGGAUGAUAACCUAUCUACAGCCAUCUACCACACAUUUGUUGCUCUGUGUUAUUUGACUCCAAUCCUGGGAGCAAUCAUUGCUGACUCCUGGCUGGGAAAGUUCAAGACCAUUAUCUCCCUGUCCAUUGUUUAUACCAUUGGACAGGCGAUCAUGGCAGUAAGUUCCAUAAAUGACUUGACAGACUAUAACAGGGAUGGAAUUCCCGAUAACAUUCCAUUGCACAUUGGUCUGUCUAUGAUUGGCCUGAUCUUAAUUGCUUUUGGUACUGGUGGAAUCAAGCCCUGUGUAGCAGCAUUUGGUGGAGAUCAGUUUGAAGAGGAACAGGAAAAACAAAGAAAUAGAUUCUUCUCUCUAUUUUAUUUGUCUGUUAAUGCCGGAAGUCUCCUCUCUACUAUAAUCACUCCAAUUCUCAGAGGCGAAGAAUGUGGAAUUCACACCAAGCAACAGUGUUACCCACUGGCCUUUGGAGUGCCUGCUGCACUCAUGGCCGUUUCACUGAUGGUGUUCAUACUUGGAAGCAAAAUGUACAAGAAAGCUCAUCCUCAAGGCAAUAUAAUGCUCCAGGUUUCCAAAUGCAUUGGAUUUGCUGUUAAAAACAGAUUUCAGCAUCGCAGAAAACAGUUCCCCAAAAGAGAACACUGGCUGGACUGGGCUAGUGAAAAGUAUGAUAAACGACUUAUUACACAAACUAAGAUGGUCUUGAGGGUACUUUUCCUGUAUAUUCCUCUCCCCAUGUUCUGGGCACUUUUUGAUCAGCAGGGAUCAAGAUGGACAUUACAAGCCACAACAAUGGAUGGAAACUUUGGAGCUAUUCAGAUCCAGCCAGACCAGAUGCAGACCGUGAACCCGAUUCUGAUUGUUGUUAUGGUCCCAAUUGUAGACGCUGUGGUUUAUCCUUUAAUUAAAAAAUGCCACUUCAAUUUCACGCCCCUGAGGAAGAUUACAGUUGGUAUGUUUCUUGCAUCUCUGGCUUUUGUUGCUGCUGCACUGGUACAAGUGCAAAUCGAUAAAACUCUUCCAAACUUCCCGAAAGAAGGGCAAUCCCAAAUCAAAGUAAUAAAUUUAGGCACUGAUGUUGCAAAAGUUGACAUUGGUCCUGGAGUUGAAAAUAUGUCUGUGGAAUCUCUGAUGGCGACAAACUAUCUGACAUUUGACACUACUAGCUUAACAGGAAUGAAUAUAGCCUACGGAAAUCAAACCUUAAAUCAGUCUCUUAAUUUUCUGGGAAAAGAACGUCAUACUCUUAUACUAAAAAAUACAGGUGGCAUCCAAACUGAAUUGCUGCUUGAUGGCCUUACAUCAAAGUCAGAAGAUGGAAAAAAUCAAAUCAGAUUUAUAAACAAUUUGGCUUCAACCAUCAACAUCACAAUGGGUAGUACUUAUCUUGCAGAUGUGAAGAGUUUUUCUGCCACCAAUUAUACAUCCUUUACAAGAGGCGUAAAAGAGAUUGUUGUUUUUGGAGACAAUUCACUGACUUGCAAAAAUCAGUCAAUACCAUUUGGAUAUGGCAGUGCAUACACUAUUGUAAUUCAAGAGUGCAACAACAACAGACUAGAACUCAGAUACGUUGAAGAUAUCCAACCCAAUACAGUUCACAUGGCUUGGCAGAUCCCUCAGUACUUCAUUAUGACAUGUGGUGAAGUGGUCUUUUCUGUCACUGGACUGGCAUUUUCCUAUUCUCAGGCACCUUCCAACAUGAAAUCGGUGCUUCAGGCAGGCUGGCUGCUGACUGUGGCUGUUGGUAACAUCAUUGUUCUUAUUGUGGCUGGGGCAUCAAAACUCAGUGAGCAGUGGGCAGAAUAUGUGCUGUUUGCUGCUUUACUGAUGGCAGUUUGCAUUAUAUUUUCCAUCAUGGCUUAUUUUUACACCUAUGUGGAUCCAGUUGAGAUUGAAGCCCAACUUGAUGAGGAUGAAAAGAAGAAAAUGGAAAAUGAGAAAAGCAUUUGUGAAAAUGGAACUGGGCCUAUCUCUCAGAGUGAGAUGUAAAGAUGAACUCAGAGCUUAAUGAUGUAAAUUUAUGGCAUCCCAUUAACUACAUCCACAGUAAGAGGAACUGGAGUAUCCUUAACAACCAUUGGAUGGGCUCUCUCAUAGGAAGGGGGGAAAGAGCAUUGCUCAUUUAAAAUGCAGACCCUCCUGAGGAGCAAGAUCAAGAGCUUAGUCUUUUGUACAGAACAUGAUACUCUAAGAAAACUCUGGAAACUUGCUCCCAGCAGAAUUUGCACUUUAAAAAUGGACCUGAAGCUUAAAUCCCAAAGCAUUAAAAUACUGAAAUUGCACUUGACAGUAUUGAAGAGUUCCUGUGAUGAAAAGAUGUAUUAUUUUUAUAUUGUAUUGUAAUUUUAUAUUGUGAAAAGGAAAAUAUUGCCAGAAAAUAUUAAUUAAAGCCAAGCCGUUUGCACAGCC